AGAAGGAUAUGCCCAAUGUAACAAACUCGCCUGACGGUGAACUUCCACGACUACACUGCCAUAAUCUUGUAAAGCUACUGGGACAGUAUGUGACGUCUGUUUCCUCGAACCACACCCAAUCAGAAGACGGUGACAUCCAACCCGGGGAUGACCAGAAUAAUGCUCUUAUGUACAUCGUCGUUGUCCUGUUGUUCUACUCUUGUGGAAUUGCAAUCAUGAUGAUAAAGUACAUGCGAAAAGAAGCCAAAGAACAAGAGGAAUGCAAGAUGUAUCGUCGUUACAUCAACGCAGCUCACGAGCAAUAUCUCAACUCCAUGAACAGAGCCCGGCUAGCCAAUCGGUUAGCACUUCAAGCAUUGAACACCGUGAACGCCAUCCCACAGACAACACAGCUCGGGAGUAAAGUGACAUUUGUUUGAAAAUAAACAAUCACAGUUAUCUGGAAGAUCGAAUAGCUGUUUUCUAGCUUAGAGUUUUAAAUAUUGUUAUUUAAACCAUUCAUGUAUUAACUUCUCAAGUUCUUUACCGAUUUUAUCUGAGAUAAAUAUUGUGCCAUUAUGAAACAAUUAUACUUGAUAAAACUUAUUUUUU